UAUAAUAUUGGAAUUAGUUAAUUUUACCGCCACAUCACCCCGUUAAGUACUGCAUUGCGGUGUCCCUCAGGACUCAUUUAGUUUAAAACUCGGGUUAAAACACGACGAACCUCUUCAAAGGAAGACGUUUAAUAAUAAGGGCGUCAGGCUCUUGUUUAACCCAAAAACACGGAACCAGUUUAUAAAUGAGCUUUAUGAGGUUCAAGUGCACAGUGACCUCGACAAGCCUUGACGAACAGCAUCCAAAGAGGCUAAGAUACUGUUGUAAAUUCAUAGACUGGACUCGAGAAUUCCCAGUCCUAUCCAAAAGCAACAAAUGGACUGUGUGGUUCACGUGGAAUUGGUAUCUCUCACUGUUACUGGUACGCAAGCAGUACAUUAUGAUACCACCAGACUCCUUAACUAUGGAAGGAUCACCUCUUACUGCUGCUAGAUGUUAAUGUAAGGUGAUGGAUAUGGCCAGGUGUGAUGCUCGUGAUUGAACAGGUGUGAGAGAAGCGCCGGUUAGUGUAGCGAGGGAGCCUGGACUAGUUAGGUAAGGUCUCCUGUUUCUGUGUUGUGUCAAGUAGUGUACCUCAACGACUUGUUUAUUGUGUCUGUGUGUGUGUGUGUGUGAGUCUCUAAUAUUCUGGACGGUAUUGUGGAAAAGACAUACCUGUAAUUUAUCUGUAACAAACAUGUGUUAUUUGUAAAGUAUCUGAAUUGGCACUUUAAAGACUUGGGUGUGUUCAAGUGUUCAAGUGUUCAAGUGUUCAAGUGACAGUAUAGUAAAAGGAAGAAUAAUAACAUCUAAGUGUGUUUAUUUCGGGAAUGUGUUCUUUACUGACUUUAUAUAAUCAUGACGUCACUAAUAAAGUUACGCUAAGUGCUAAAUAAGUAGAUACUUAAGUGCAAGUGUCCGGGAGAAAGAAAAUAAAAAGAGAUAAAUAAGUGAAUUUGUUGAAAAUCUUAACGAGGAUGGAGCGAGUGGACUACGAGGACCCGUUCGCUGAGUAUCGUCCUCAGGAGUCCCUCGGUAUAACCCCAGGAGGACCCAGCUUCGCCCUGCUUGACGCCACCUCCCAGAACCCAUACCCAGUCUCGUACCCGAAGUCCUUCCUUGUGUCAUCAUACCCGCCUCUCCUCACAACCAGAGCGGAUAACAUCACCGACUUACUCUACAACGGGACGGACUUUGGGAGCGAGACCAACACCACCACCACCGCCACCAACAUGCCCGUCUUCCCCGAGUAUAUCCGGGUGGUAUCGACGGUGUUCUGUAGUGUGGUGCUAGUGGUGGGUGUGGUGGGUAAUGUCCUGGUCCCCGUCGUUAUCCUCAAGGACCGAGACAUGAGGAACUCCACCAACUACUUCCUCAUGAACCUGAGUGUGGCUGACCUCCUGGUACUUCUCAUCUGCCUACCGCCUGUACUCAUCGAACUACACUCAGUCCAAGACCUCUGGGUGUUGGGGUAUACCAUGUGUAAGCUUGUGCCGUACGUGGAGAUGAGUGUCGUCCACGCCUCCGCCCUCUCGUUGGUGGUCAUCUCGCUGGAGCGCUACCACGUCAUCUGUCAGCCCCUGCAGGCCGGGUACCGCUGCACCAAGGCGAAGGCUGUUGUUGCUAUCACUAUCAUCUGGGCCAUUUCUUUCAUCUCUGCUGGGCCGCUGCUGAUGAUCGUGCAGUACAACAUAGCGAGGUUCUACGAUGGUACCUACAAGCCACAGUGUAUCAUGCCCAUUCACGGUAACUGGAUCAAAUCAUAUUUCUUCGCCACCUCCAUCCUGUUCUUCUUCCUCCCGCUGUUCCUGCUGGUGGUCCUCUACACCAUCAUAGCCCGCCAGCUGCUCGUGGACACUUACGAGCUGACCCACAAGAAGGAGAACCCACAGAUGCGAGCGAGGAGGCAGGUGGUGGUGAUGCUGGCCACGGUGGUCCUCUUCUUCUUCCUCUGUAUCCUGCCCAUGAGAGUCCUCUACUUCUGGAUCAUGACUGUCCCUAACGAGACAGUCACCUCCUUGGGGAUAGAAGGAUACUACAACCUUCUCUACUUCUGCCGCAUCAUGUACUACAUUAACUCCUCUAUCAAUCCUAUCCUCUACAACAUGACGUCUACCAAAUUCCGCACGGCAUUUCGUCGGGUGUUCCGUGGCAAGCGAGGUCGUCUGCGGCGGCAACAUACCUACAGCAACACCUCCUUCAACAACCCCACCGUCAGUAAUAAUCUCCGCCUCAACUACGGCACCAACUGUUCUAUGGUGUACAAGACGCUGUUCUCCAAGACUGUGGUCAGUAACCAGUACAGCUACGCGUCCACGGGCUCCAACUCCUCCCAGGUCACACGUCAGACCAGCCUCGUGUCCACCAACAGGUCUCAUGUCAAUACCAAGGACACCUUCGUCUAGCUCACGCUCACACACGCUCCACCAGAACAAUUUUCGAGACAAACUUUACGCAAGAUGUUGUUAAUGUGACACAAAGCACUGAAUACAUUCCCUGAAAAAAAACUGAAUCCUCUAAGUCAACCUCUGUACAAUUUAUAAUCUAUUAUACCAAGCAUUUAUUACUGUAUUGUCCAUGUUGAUACAAUCCUGACCAAGUGUUACCAGUGAACAAAUGAUGUUUCUUAAAAGAGCUGAGUUUAUAAACUUUAAUUGUCUUUCUUGAGAAAUGUAAAGAUUUCUUGUUGUUAUACAAGAGUGAGACAGAUGCCAGGUGUGAAGACGAUGAGUAUCAUGACGUAUUUACUGUUAUUACCUCAACCUCUAUACUGUCAUCAAUAUUUCCUCAACCGAUUUAUCUUUCAAACGUACGUCGAUGUUAUACUUGUUGCGACUUGGUGUUUGCCUUAAAACAUAACGUAUACAGUAUAUAUUUUUUUUGCUCCUUAUACAUGUAUUUGAAGUUAGUCUGCCACCCAGGCCGAAAUUUAACACGUAGAUGCUGCCACUGAUACAACUAACAAAUCCUGAGGUGGCGAGGAUUAUGGUCUUGUGUCAAGGAGUAGCCAGGAGGACAGGACAACGCAUCAGCUGCACUGGCUGAUAAUUACCCAGGAAUAAAUACUUAACUGAUGGUUAGACAGCGACAAAUGGCAUUGAGAAAUUACUUAUGGACUCAUCCCUGGCCACUGUCUCGCCAGCAGUGAGGAGGGGCCUGGAUAUUAUUCUGUUUAUGACUUGUGCUGCAGAGUAUUAGCGAUCUUGCUAGGUUAGCCCUUGACACUAAGACCUCGCUAAUUAUGGAUGCUCUUGUUGUUGUGUUGACGGCAGCUGCUACACCUUUAAGAAGAUUACAUCUAAGUGAUCUGAGAGGCUACCAUCCCCGAUAACGAGGGGCAACCAUUGCAUAUAUGUGUGUAUGUGUAUGUGUGUGUGUGUGUGUGUGUGUGUGUGUGUGUGUG